CCCUUUCACCGGCAUUCCAACUAAAAAUCGAGCUCUGCCUUCAUUCUUCUCUCCUUUCUCUCUCCUCUCUUCUAGAGAUGGCAAUGGGUAAGGUCUGGGUAGGAUAUAGCCUGACCCUUACCCUUACCCAUACCCUAAUUUUUUUAUGCAGACCCAUAUCCUACCCAUACCCAUAGGGUAAAAAAUAUGUAUACCCUUACUCGUAUCCAUAAGGUCCGAUAGGAGAAAGAGAGAUGGAUUGUUCCGAGGUAGGAUCAACCAGUAACACAAAACAACAACAUUCAAAGAAACUGAGGAAGAUAUCAGGGUUUGAGGAAUAUGAAGGGGCAUGGGAAAACAAGGUAAUGCCGUUGUUGAGUUGUAUGAAGGAGAUGCAUCAUCGUCUGUAUCGAAAGAAUGGCGAACCCGUCUUGGAUCCACUCAAGAACAAUCUUGUGUUUGUUUGUUCCUACGUGUCUCCCGAAUUUGACGCCGACAAAAAUGACCCGAUAUUUCCCCAAAGUUUGCUUUCUGCAUGUCUUGAUCUUUAUUCUUACAGAGAUGAUUUCGAGCUUGUUUUGGUUACAAAGAUGACCCCUAAUAAUGAUAAGGGCGUCUUCAGGGAAGUUAUGGUGCGCUUUCCUUUGUCCUCUCUUAUUGUACCUUUUGAGGACUUUGAGCGUCGCAUCUAUAUGUGCGACCUUGUCCUGGACCCGGAGUCUGAGCAAGUUGGGUUUGCUUAUAAGUGCCUGUUUGUCAAUAUUGCCGAAAAAACUCUGUUUGUUGGACAACCCGGUACUUCCCUGCCUUCUCUCCUUGGUCAUCUCAAGAAACUUUUGCGCAGUAGUUCAUUUGAUUAUCAUAGGCUCUUCAAAACUAUGUGGCCCCUCAUCUCUGGGAGCGGGAGCCUUUCAUUAAGACCACCGUAUUACCCCCCUAUUUCUAGAAUUUUUGAAAAUGUCAAGCCUGAGUAUUCUGAUGCUGCUAUCAACGAUUUGGUUUCUCAGUUGCCUCCCAUCCAGAUUGGCCAGAAAUUGGACGUGGAAUCUCUCUUGUCUGCUGGCGGUGGUGGCGGCUCAAAUGAGCUGCUGCUUCGGAAACAUGGUGAGCAAGUGGAACUUGGCAAGGUACUUGAGGGGAAAUACACAAUGAUAUGCUGUUUUCACGCACCGGUCUUCGGUACAGACACCAAUUCAAUUGUAUUUCAGUCUCUAGUAAAUACUUGUUCCGAAUUGUAUGCUCGGGGUGUGAAUUUUGAGAUGGUGGUGGUUGUAAAGAUGAAGAAACUAGCUGAUUACAAACAGGUUUUCGAUCACUUCUUGUCGGGUUUCCCCUCUUCAUGUCUUGUAAUUCCAUUUGAGGACUCCAAACGUCGAGAUUUCAUAUGCAACUACCUCCAACUCAAUGAUGAUGUUCAAUGCCUGCUUUUGGAUAACAACAACAACAUUCUGCUUCAUGGAUAUCCUGAGUUUGCACGGUAUUAUGGAGCCGAUGCCUUUCCCUUUACCGAUGAGAAGCUGCAGACAGUUGAAGCAGAUGAAGGACCGGAAUGGACAACUUGUUCCACUAACAACCUCGUGUCACUUUUGGGGUGCAGGCCAUCUGAUGUCCUCAAAAAGACCAAUCACGACUCGGUUAUGACAACUAUCUCAGACCUCAAUAAGAAUGAUGUUGUUGGAUUGUUUUUGUGUUCCAAAGGAAAUCUCAUUCCCAAGCUCAAGGAGGUAUAUGAAGAAUGCAAAAUUCAGAAGAAGCCAUUCGAGGUUUUACUGGUCUACAUACCCUUUCAUACCUGUCUUGACCCGAAAAAUCACAAGCUGUGUGUUGAUAAUCUGCUGCAGAAGCACAAGCUUUCUGUGUGGUAUAUGCCCUUUGAUAAUUCCGUAAGCCACAAGCUCUCUCGACUCAUUAGCCCUCUCAAAACAAAUGAUCAGCUUAUUAUCUUUAGAAACCAGCAGGGUGCAGUAUCUAUAGAUAGAUGUGGCAAAAAGAUGAUAAGCCAGUGUGGAAUUGAUGCUUAUCCAUUCAUUAGGAAGUACCUUGUGGAACGCGAAUUGAACAGGGUAAGCGAACUCACCUUGGAGACAUUGUUGGUUUAUAAGACACGUACUUCUGUUCUCAAGGAUAAUAAACAGAUUCCAGUGGCAGAUCUCGAGGGCAUGAAUAUACUUCUUUGGUUUAGCUCUCUUUCUACGGCUGAUUUGCCUUUUUUCGAAAAAGUAUUCAUUUGGUAUAGAGACAUGAAGGAAAAGAUUCCUGGCUUUGAAGUGGUCUUAGUUCUCAAAGAUAAGCCCGAUGUUACAGAUGAGGAUUUUGCACAGUAUGAGGAUUCUGUACUGUCUGCAGGAAUGCCAUGGUUGGUUUGCCCUUUUGAUGCUGAUCACUCAGCUUUCGUCAGGAAGGAAUUGUAUCCGAAUUACUUUGUUGAAUUUGGAAAAGAUGGCCGGCUUCGUUCAUUGAGAGCUGACUACCUUCUUGAUAUUGAUGUUAAUGAAUCUGGAACAAUUCCAUUUGGUAGUAAAGAUCUGCGUUGUGAUGUCACUCAGACUUUUUGUGAUCGCUAUGGGUACUGGGAUGACUUCAUGCGUACCUUUUAUGAAGAGUUGAGUUGAGUUGAGGUUAGUUGAGUGAUGUUUUUGUGUAUAAUUAAGAAGCCUAUGAUCAGUUGGUUUUGUACUGUGUUCAUCAGAGUUUCAGUUAGUCUUGUAUUGUGUUUGGUUUAUUGUCCUGCAUUCUAGGGUAACAACAAAUAAUUAGCAUCUCAUUAGUUGUACACACAAGUAUAUUUCUUUUCCUUUGUGGUUACUUUACUUCAUGCAAAUACCCAAAUUGUUCCUUCUCUCUCUGGAGCAGUAAAUUUUAAAACAGUUCAGCUCAA